AUGUCGCAACAGCCUCGACGACGCCGCGGCAUAGGACAACGUGGGCAGACUGAAAGAGGUAUCCAAGACACCCGCGCUGUUCAGAAUCCUGGUGGCCAGAAGCACGGAGAAGACGAGGGAGAAGCAGCACUCGCCGCCAUUGAGAUGAAUCAAUCCCCGAUCAUCCGCGCAUUGCGGCGGCAGCCCGUUUGGAUCGUGCUGGCCGUCUCGAGCGGAGCGUGUGCGGCCUUUAAUGGUGUAUUUGCUAAACUACAAACUAACCGACUCUCGAUCCGUCAAACAAAUAGAACGACCACUUCCCUAACAUCCAACCUGUCGUCCUCGAUCGCAACCUUUUUCUCCCUCUCCCCCAGCAAUACCUUCGUCGACCUUGCCGUCCGGGGCACAUUCUUCCUCCUUAACCUACUCUUCAACGCUCUCAUGUGGGGGCUCUUCACGUCCGCCCUGACCCGUGCAGAGUCAACUACCCGCGUCAGCAUCAUCAAUGUCUCGGCGAACUUUGUCAUCACUGCUGUGCUUGGUGCGUUGAUCUUUGGGGAGAAGCUGGGCGGUAUGUGGUGGGUAGGCGCGGGGAUGUUGGCCGCGGGCAACGUCGUGAUCGGAAGGAGAGAGGAAGGAGCGAAGCCUGGCGGGAAUAUGGGGCUGGACGAGACGAGGGAGGAGGCAGAGGGAUUGGUGGGCGGGGAAGAAGAAAGAGGUGGCUACGCGGAAGAUGACCUGGUAGAGCUACAUGAGAACCCCGGAGAAGGGCAGAGCAGAGUGAGAAAGGGGGAAGAGGUGGAUGAUCCGCUGUGA